AUGUCCGGAUCAACAUCGCCGACACGGACAACUGCGUCGGACAAAGACAAGAAGGACUCCGCUGUUGGAGAAAUCAAGACCGAAGUACCUAUCAUCAACCAACCGGAAGACUCAAACUUGGAAAAAGCGACGCUACCACCCAAUGCGCCGCUCGCUCCGCCGCCCAAACCCAACCAGAACGGCKACAGCUAUUUCGGCGAGGCCAACGGUAGUCACCUUGCAAAGGAGCCCAAUCCCUUCGAAAACGCAUUUGGAAACCCUGCCGAGACUCCCGGAAAGCCGCAGCUGCCCGGUGUAACGAGCCUGACGUCUCCAGCGUCGCUCCUUCCAGGCAAUACGCCAGGCUGGCCGGGCUCUCUCCGCUCAGGGCCACUCAGUCCUGCUAUGCUUACCGGCCCGACUGGCUCCAACGACUACUUCAACAGUGACCACCACUUUGCAGGAAGCUUUCCGACACCGAACGAGUCGUCACUUCGUACUGGCCUGACUCCUGGCGGCGGCGGGUCCAUGUUCCCGCAACCGUCGCCGAACUCACAGGCUGUUUAUAACCAGCUACAGAACGGCGGUGCCACCCCAAAUACACUCGACUUCCACCGCACUGCCAUGACCGCUCGCGCACAAUCCCAGAUCAACAAUUAUAACAACAGCGUUGGCCAGGGCAACGCGACCAGCCAGCCUCCGCAGAACCCCAACAUCCAGCCGGACCUCGAUAGCAAGCCCUACAACCCGAACGGGUCCAACCCACAACAGGACAACCACGAUCCUUUCGGGUCCCACCAGACAAACGACGCUGCGAAUGGGUUGUUCAUGCUCGCUCAAGCCGGAGGUCAGCAGCGAGGUCACUCGUACCCAAUGCCUCAACAAUCCCAACAACAGCAGAGCUACCAGCAACAAGGGGCUCCGGAACACCGCGGCAAGGGUAGCAUCGGGAGCAUAUCUGGUAGCACGGAGAAUGGCGAGCAGUACUCGGACGAUGGCGAGACGAAGCCGCAGACGAGAAAUGGCCGCGGAAAGAAAGGAGCGGCUGGCAAAGCGGCCAACGGCAAGAGGAAGACCGAGGAUGCAUCUUCCAAGGGCCCAGCAAACAAAAAGCAAAGGGCAAGCAUGGGACCAUCCAUGUCCGAGGAGCCCGAAGACGACGAUGAUGGCAUGGAAGGCAUGGAUGACAGAAAGAUGACCGACGAGGAGAAGCGCAAAAACUUCCUCGAGCGGAAUCGAGUCGCGGCGUUGAAGUGCAGGCAGAGGAAAAAGCAAUGGCUGGCCAAUCUCCAGCAAAAAGUCGAGAUCUUCAGCACGGAGAACGAUGCGUUGGCCGCAACGGUAACUCAACUCCGCGAAGAGAUCGUGGGGCUCAAGACGUUACUCCUUGCACACAAGGAUUGUCCGGUAUCGCAAGCGCAGGGUAUUUCCGGAUUGGCAAUGCAACAAAUUGCCGGUGAAACCCAGUUCGCGAAUCCGUAUGGCAUGAUGGGUCAGGGUGGCGCAGGCAUGGGACAGCAGGGACAAAUGCCCCAGGGUCAUAUGCAGAGGAGCUAG